UUGGGUCUUGUCUGAUUGGAAAAGGAGUGAAGGAAAGGCGGGUACCUUCAAGCACACAUCAGGAAAAUGGUCUGGAGAUCCUGAUGACAAAGGUGCCAAUUGUUACCACAAUUCGAGCUUUAUUGACACCUCAUCCAAUGAAAGAGCUCCGUGUUAAGGGAACUUAUCUCCAUCACAAACAAAUCAAAGCUGCAAUGGGUAUAAAGAUUACUGCCCAGGGGCUUGAACAUGCUAUAGCUGGCACUGGUUUAUAUGUGGUGAACCCUGAUGAUGACUUGGAAGAUGUUAAAGAAGCAACAAUGGAAGAUAUGCGGUCAGUCAUGAGCAGGAUUGACAGGAGCGGAGAGGGUGUUUGUGUACAGGCAUCUACCCUUGGCUCCUUGGAGGCAUUACUGGAAUUUUUGAAAACUCCUGAAGUGAAUAUUCCUGUUAGUGGUAUAAGCAUAGGCCCUGUACAUAAAAAGGAUGUAAUGAAGGCCAGUGUAAUGCUUGAAAAGACACGAGAGUAUGCUACUAUAUUGGCAUUUGAUGUCAAAGUCACUCCUGAGGCUAGAGAACUUGCAGAUGAAUUGGGUGUGAAAAUUUUCAUCGCUGAUAUCAUUUAUCAUCUGUUUGAUCAAUUUAAGGCUUAUAUUGACAACAUUAAGGAGGAGAAAAAGAGAGAAGUUGCUGAUGAGGCAGUCUUCCCAUGUGUUCUGAAAAUCUUACCGAAUUGCAUUUUCAACAAUAAGGAUCCAAUUGUUUUGGGAGUUGAUAUACUUGAAGGCAUUGCAAAGGUUGGGACUCCUAUUUGUAUUCCUUCCAGAGAGUUCAUUGAUAUUGGCCGCAUUGCCUCGAUUGAGAACAACCAUAAACCUGUUGAUUAUGCGAAGAAGGGGCAGAAAGUAGCCAUUAAGAUUGUUGGCAGCAACUCCGAGGAGCAACAAAAAAUGUAUGGGAGGCAUUUUGAGAUUGAUGAUGAACUUGUAAACCAUGUUUCACGGAGAUCUAUUGAUAUACUCAACACUAAUUAUCGGGAUGAUCUUAAUAGGGAGGAAUAG